AUGCCCGAUCGUCUAUCUCGUGUCACAGAGAAGCUUAAGACCAUGAUCAAAAUGAGACCCUGGUCCCCGAAACAAGCCAAAAAGCAACAGGAGGAUGGCCCCGGCCGUUGCUACCUGAUGGAAUUACCCACUGAGCUGUUGUUGGAAAUCAUAUCCCAUUUGACAGUGCUUCCGGAGGCUGCGCUUGCGCUCACCAACAAGCGCAUGUUUGCAAUCUCGGGAGAAAUCCUGCUCUCGAAAUCCCUCCGAUUCAGUCGCGACUUUGCGCCCCUUUUCCACCAUUAUCGCAAUACACAUAACUUUGUCACACCCCGAUGGUCAUUCCUCACCUUGUUAGAGAACAGCCGCUGGAAAUUAUGCUCCAGAUGUUUGAAACUUCACCCCCGAGCUGCAUUUUCAUCUAAAGAGUUGAGACGGAAGCCGGAGUCUCGGACGUGCAAUGUUGGGGAGUUGGCAGGGGUGGUUGACCUGUGCCCAUGCAAAAAAUUAACGUUCCGCGACAAACUUGAUCUGGUAGAUCAUGUCCGAGUACGGCAGGUGACCAUGAAAGCCCUAAAAUCGGAAUUUGGACACGCCAUUGACGAUAACUAUUGUUGGCAUACAUGCACCGAGCAAUAUGGCCCAAGCGAGAUGAAGAUAUCUUUGUUUCCGGAACUCAAUUCAGAUAAUCAGUUGAUUAUUCGUACCGAAUACCAACUCACCACCGAGUCCGGUCAAGUUGGCAAGGAAGACUGCAUGACACCACGCUUCGGGUGUGCACAUCGAUCAGUCGAUCUGUGGCUCUCCGGCGUCCACCAAACCACGAUAUGCCGCCUCUUUGACUCUUUCUGCUCAUCAUGCCAGCGCAUAUCGGUCUGCAGUGCGUGCAAUACAACAUUGAGAUGCCCAAGAAAAUCCCCCUUCCACUCUGAAAAAUCUGGCAAGGCGACAUAUUCAUUCUGGACUCAAAGAAGCCUCGGAGGAACAGGCCCAGCUCCCGAUCCUGCUUGGGGAGCACAAAGAAUCCAUCCAGCCGAACCUUCCGUCGGUGUCGAAAACUGCAACGAGCUGUGUCCUUGGACAGUGCGUGAGCACCCAGCGCUCUCCUUCGCGCCGAGUAUAGAACAAGAAAUCAUCGACCCUGGAAUAGGUAAUCAGCCCAUCAACCAACUAUAUACAUACCUCAGCAUGAUUUAA